AAUAUAGGGGGCAGUAUUACACCUCGGAGUGGUUGGCCUAAAAGAAAAAAAAAAAAAAAGCUCAUGAAGAAGACGACCAGCGCAGGCACAACAGCGAUAGCUAACCUGGCUAUCGGUUAGCUAGCUUAAGUCGUUAUCCAAUAAAAUAUGUCACGCUCAGUGUGAACAGGAGAGGAAACAAUAAAGCUGCAAACUCAGAUAACGUGCCGGGCAUAGAUGCUGAGGGCAGCCUGCCACCAUGUAUGCCGUGUACAGACAAGCCCACACGCCGACUUCAGUGGAGUUUUCUGUCUACUGUAACUUUAUAUCCAGUAAAGAGAAGAAUCUGGUCGUAGCUGGAACGUCUCAACUUUUUGUCUAUAGGAUUAUCCACGAUGUGGAGAGUACUUCCAAAGCCGACAAGUCAUCUGAUUCCAAAUCUCGUAAAGAGAAGCUGGAGCAGGUGGCUUCUUUUUCUCUCUUUGGCAACAUUAUGUCUAUGGCCAGUGUACAACUUGUUGGAGCCAGCAGAGACGCACUCCUUUUGAGUUUCAAAGAUGCAAAGUUGUCUGUGGUAGAGUAUGAUCCUGGGACACAUGACCUCAAGACACUAUCUCUUCAUUACUUUGAAGAGCCAGAGCUCAGAGAUGGCUUUGUACAGAAUGUACAUAUUCCCAUUGUGCGUGUAGAUCCAGAGAAUCGCUGUGCUGUAAUGCUCAUCUACGGCACCAAGCUUGUGGUGCUGCCAUUCCGAAAGGACACCCUGACUGAUGAACAAGAGGGCGGAGUUGGAGAAGGACCUAAAUCCAACUUCUUACCCAGCUACAUCAUUGAUGUUCGUGAACUAGAUGAGAAGCUUCUAAACAUCAUUGACAUGAAGUUCCUCCAUGGCUACUACGAGCCCACAUUGCUCAUUCUUUUUGAGCCCAACCAGACAUGGCCUGGGCGCGUGGCUGUCCGUCAGGACACUUGCAGCAUUGUCGCAAUCUCCCUCAACAUCAUGCAGAAGGUUCAUCCUGUCAUCUGGUCUCUCAGUAAUCUGCCCUUUGAUUGUACACAGGUCAUGGCUGUUCCCAAACCCAUUGGUGGUGUGGUGGUGUUCGCUGUGAAUUCAUUGCUCUAUCUGAACCAGAGUGUUCCUCCAUAUGGAGUUUCUCUCAAUUCUCAGACAAAUGGGACCACAGCCUUCCCUCUGCGUGUACAAGAUGAAGUGAAGCUCACGUUGGACUGUUGUCAGUCUGAUUUUAUUGCUUACGACAAGAUGGUGAUCUCGCUGAAAGGAGGGGAAAUUUACGUGUUGACAUUGAUAACUGACGGCAUGAGGAGUGUUCGGGCUUUUCACUUUGACAAAGCUGCUGCCAGCGUCCUGACAACCUGCAUGGUGACCAUGGAGUCUGGAUACCUUUUCCUGGGUUCCCGCCUCGGAAACUCUCUGCUCCUGAAGUACACAGAGAAACUGCAGGAGACACCAGCAGAAGAAGGCAAAGAAAAGCAGGACAAAGAGAAAGAAAAACAAGAGGAACCACCGAACAAAAAGAAGCGAGUUGAAUCUUCCACCAACUGGACCGAUGAGGUGGAUGAGAUUGAGGUCUAUGGAAGUGAGGCCCAGUCAGGCACUCAGCUGGCCACCUACUCCUUUGAGGUUUGUGAUAGCAUACUGAACAUUGGACCUUGUGCAAAUGCCUCCAUGGGUGAACCUGCUUUCUUGUCUGAGGAGUUUCAGAGCAACCCUGAGCCUGACCUAGAAGUUGUAGUUUGCUCUGGCUACGGCAAGAAUGGUGCCCUGUCUGUACUUCAGAGAAGCAUCCGACCCCAAGUAGUCACUACGUUUGAGUUGCCAGGUUGUCACGACAUGUGGACUGUCAUCUCAAGUGAAGUCAGAGAAGACAAAAAAGCUAUGAAAAGUGACGAGUCAGAGGAUGGGGCUGAGACUGAGGCUGGUGAUGAUGGUGAAGAGGGAGAAAAGGACAAAGAGGAGGUGGAAAAAGAGGAGGAGGAGAAGAAGCCAGAACCUCCCCUGGAGGAUGACGCAAAGAAACAUGGUUUCCUCAUUCUGAGCAGAGAAGAUUCAACAAUGAUCCUUCAAACAGGGCAAGAGAUCAUGGAGCUGGAUACCAGUGGUUUUGCAACUCAGGGACCCACUGUGUACGCUGGAAACAUUGGGGACAACAAGUACAUCAUCCAGGUCUCCCCCAUGGGGCUUCGUCUGCUGGAAGGAGUGAGACAGCUCCACUUCAUCCCUGUGGACCUGGGUUCUCCCAUAGUGCAUUGCUCUGUGGCAGACCCAUAUGUGGUUAUUAUGACUGCUGAGGGAGUGGUCACCAUGUUUGUGCUGAAGUCUGACUCGUACAUGGGGAAGACGCACCGACUGGCUCUGCAGAAACCACAGAUUUCCACUUCUCGUGUCAUCACACUGUGCGCCUACCGAGACGUAAGCGGGAUGUUCACCACAGAAAACAAAGUGAGCUGCUCCAUCAAAGAGGACACCAUCAGGAGUCAGUCUGAAGCUGAGACCGUCAUCCAUGACAUGAGCAACACCGUGGAUGAUGAGGAGGAAAUGCUGUAUGGAGACUCGAAUGCAAGCGCGACGCCCGCGAAAGAAGAAAUGAGCCGCAGCUUUGUGGCACCAGCACCGUCUGGGAGCGAGGCAACCUCGAGCAAAGCGGAGCCCACCCACUGGUGCAUGAUCAUCAGGGAGAAUGGUGUAAUGGAGAUUUAUCAGCUGCCAGACUGGCGGUUGGUGUUCCUGGUGAAGAACUUCCCAGUGGGCCAAAGAGUGCUGGUGGACAGUUCCUCCGGCCAGUCGGCAACACAGGGGGAUGCUAAAAAAGAAGAAGUCACCCGUCAAGGAGAGAUUCCAUUAGUCAAAGAGGUGGCUUUGGUUUCACUUGGCAACAAUCACAGUAGACCAUAUUUGCUGGUUCAUGUUGAGCAAGAGCUUCUGAUUUAUGAAGCGUUCCAAUACGAUCAACAGCAGCCACAAAACAACCUGAAAGUCCGCUUCAAAAAAGUACCCCACAACAUCAACUUCAGAGAAAAGAAAUCCAAGCUCAAAAAGGAUAAGAAAGCAGAGAGCAGUGCCACCGAGGAAAAUCCCGGUGUGAAAGGUCGGAUUGCCAGGUUCAGAUACUUUGAGGACAUCUCUGGAUACUCAGGAGUAUUUAUCUGCGGUCCGUCCCCUCACUGGAUGCUGGUCACGUCUCGCGGAGCAAUGAGGCUUCACCCAAUGACCAUCGAUGGACCCAUUGAGUCAUUCUCCCCCUUCCAUAAUAUCAACUGCCCCAAAGGUUUCCUGUACUUCAACAAACAGGGCGAGCUAAGGAUCAGUGUGUUGCCCACGUAUCUGUCCUACGAUGCCCCGUGGCCAGUCAGAAAAAUCCCUUUGAGAUGCACCGUCCACUACGUCUCCUACCACGUAGAAUCCAAGGUGUAUGCUGUGUGCACCAGUGUGAAAGAGCCAUGUACACGCAUCCCAAGGAUGACUGGAGAGGAGAAGGAAUACGAAGUCAUAGAACGAGAUGAACGUUACAUUCAUCCUCAGCAGGAGAAGUUCUCGAUCCAGCUCAUCUCUCCAGUGAGCUGGGAGGCCAUUCCCAACACACGGAUUGACCUGGAAGAGUGGGAACAUGUAACAUGUAUGAAGACCGUAGCAUUGAGGAGCCAGGAGACGGUGUCCGGAUUGAAGGGCUACAUCGCAGCAGGAACCUGUCUGAUGCAGGGGGAGGAGGUCACCUGCAGGGGCCGGAUUUUGAUCCUGGAUGUGAUUGAAGUGGUACCAGAGCCGGGCCAGCCACUCACCAAGAAUAAGUUUAAAGUCCUCUAUGAGAAGGAACAGAAGGGACCGGUGACAGCUCUGUGUCACUGUAAUGGAUACCUGGUGUCAGCCAUUGGCCAGAAGAUCUUCCUGUGGGUCCUGAAGGACAAUGACCUGACGGGUAUGGCCUUCAUCGACACGCAGCUCUACAUCCACCAGAUGUUCAGCAUCAAGAAUUUCAUCCUGGCUGCUGACUUGAUGAAGAGCAUCUCGCUGCUCCGCUACCAGGAGGACAGCAAGACGCUGUCUCUUGUCAGCAGGGAUGCAAAGCCUUUGGAAGUUUACAGCAUCGAAUUCGUGGUCGAUAACAACCAGCUUGGAUUCUUGGUGUCCGAUCGAGACAAGAACCUCUUUGUAUACAUGUAUUUACCUGAAGCUAAAGAGAGCUUUGGAGGAAUGCGCCUGCUGAGGCGAGCCGAUUUCAACGCCGGAGCCAACAUCAACACUUUUUGGCGGAUGCCGUGCAGAGGGGCGCUGGACACUAGCAGCAAAAAGGCGCUAACCUGGGACAACAAGCACAUCACAUGGUUUGCAACUCUGGACGGAGGCAUUGGCCUGCUCCUCCCCAUGCAGGAGAAGACCUAUCGCCGUCUGCUGAUGUUGCAAAAUGCGCUCACCACCAUGCUACCUCACCAUGCUGGUCUGAACCCAAAAGCCUUCAGGAUGCUGCACAGCGACAGACGGACCCUUCAGAACCCUGUGAGGAACAUCCUGGAUGGAGAGCUCCUCAACAAGUACCUGUACCUCAGCACAAUGGAGCGCAGCGAGCUGGCCAAGAAGAUUGGGACAACUCAGGACAUCAUCCUGGAUGACCUUCUGGAAAUCGACAGAGUAACAGCUCAUUUCUGACCGCCACAUUCCUGCUUCUUCUUCACUGAGCUGGUUUUUUUUUUAGUGAACAGAGGAGUUUUUGUUAUGGAAACUUUGUUUUCUUAGAAUAUUUUGUAUAAAAGAAG